GAGGGAGUAGGCGGGGCGGGGAAGGGGUGGGAAGAGCUCGCAGCACCGCCGGGCGUCCGUCGGGCUCAGGGGGAGAGAGAGAGAAAUCCGGUUAAAAUCAGAGUCGGAGGUUUAACCACAGAUCGGUUCCGAUCGGAUUAUUCCUUAAAGGGGACGCGCCAUUGUCAAGAGAACGGAGCCCGGGGCCCGAGGGCGGGGACCGGCGGCGCCCGAGGAGCGAGGCAGCUGCACUUGGACUGGGGACGGCCUUGAACAUUCCAUAUUCUGCUUCGUACAUGGUGAAUCACUACGGCUUUGCACUACUGUGCCCACUUGCGUGCCUAUAAAGUACAACAAGCUCCAGGUCGAAAAAGCUUCUAGAUGGAUCCUUUCCAAAAUUGGUGUCUUUUCUACAAACUCUGUGCCUCAACAACCCUUUCUAAGUGAGCUGAAGCCAUUUAUUUGAAUCUUGGAUGAUUAGCACCUAAAUGCUUAACUCUCAAAACUACUCAAGAGUCCCACAGUCAGGAUUAGAUGAUUCAAGUUACCACCAAGAAAUUACUGUCUUAAAUUCUCCGGGACACUGUGGAAGAAAAGAAAAUGAUGAUUCCAAUAAAGUGGCCUUAGUGACAUUCUUGAAGCUUCAGCACCAGUCAGCAAAGUGAAUAAGUACUGUGCUUCUUCCAACUUUCAUUCCACUUUGGGAAAAAAGAAUAUCAUCAUGUCAAGCAUUACGAUUGACCCAGAUGUCAAGCCUGGUGAAUAUGUCAUCAAGAGCCUCUUUGCAGAAUUUGCUGUUCAAGCUGAAAAGAAAAUUGAAGUUGUAAUGGCUGAACCCUUGGAGAAGCCAUUGUCUAGAUCUCUUCAAAGAGGUGAAGAUCUUCAGUUUGACCAGUUGAUAAGCUCUAUGAGCUCCGUAGCAGAGCACUGUCUCCCUUCCUUACUUCGCACCUUGUUUGACUGGUACAGACGCCAGAAUGGAACUGAAGACGAAUCUUAUGAGUACAGGCCUCGAUCUAGCACAAAGUCUAAGGGGGAUGAACAGCAACGUGAAAGAGAUUAUCUUCUUGAGAGGAGAGACUUAGCCGUAGAUUUCAUUUUUUGUUUAGUUUUAGUUGAAGUUCUAAAGCAGAUUCCUGUUCAUCCUGUGCCCGAUCCCUUAGUUCAUGAAGUUCUAAACUUAGCUUUUAAGCACUUUAAACAUAAGGAAGGAUAUUCAGGAACCAACACUGGGAAUGUGCAUAUUAUUGCAGAUUUAUAUGCAGAGGUGAUAGGGGUUCUUGCCCAAUCAAAAUUUCAGGCUGUGAGGAAGAAGUUUGUGACAGAAUUGAAAGAACUGCGGCAAAAGGAACAAAGUCCCCAUGUGGUACAAAGCAUCAUCAGCUUAAUAAUGGGAAUGAAGUUUUUUCGAGUAAAAAUGUAUCCUGUAGAAGAUUUUGAAGCAUCAUUUCAGUUCAUGCAGGAAUGUGCUCAGUAUUUCUUAGAAGUAAAAGAUAAAGAUAUAAAGCAUGCACUUGCUGGUUUAUUUGUGGAGAUUCUUAUCCCUGUAGCUGCUGCUGUUAAAAAUGAAGUGAAUGUUCCCUGUUUGAAAAAUUUUGUGGAGAUGCUUUAUCAGACUACUUUUGAACUGAGCUCCAGGAAGAAGCAUUCAUUGGCUCUUUAUCCACUAAUUACCUGCCUUUUAUGUGUCAGUCAGAAACAGUUUUUUUUAAAUAACUGGCAUAUUUUCCUACAGAACUGUUUGUCACAUUUAAAGAUGCCAUCUAACAACAGUAUCAGAAAACAAAUAGAAACACUCCAGAAUAAAGAUCCUAAAAUGUCUCGAGUUGCACUGGAAUCUUUGUAUAGAUUGUUGUGGGUUUAUGUAAUUAGAAUAAAAUGUGAAAGCAACACUGUAACUCAGAGUCGUCUUAUGAGCAUAGUGUCAGCACUUUUUCCGAAAGGUUCACGUAGUGUGGUUCCUCGUGAUACACCUCUCAAUAUAUUUGUGAAGAUUAUCCAGUUCAUUGCUCAGGAACGUUUGGAUUUUGCAAUGAAAGAAAUAAUAUUUGAUCUUCUCAGUGUUGGAAAAUCUACUAAAACUUUCACCAUUAAUCCAGAGAGAAUGAACAUAGGCCUGAGAGUCUUCCUUGUAAUAGCAGACAGUUUGCAGCAGAAGGACGGAGAGCCACCGAUGCCAACAACAGGGGUCAUCCUUCCCUCAGGAAACACUCUCCGUGUAAAGAAAAUUUUUCUCAAUAAAACUUUGACGGACGAGGAAGCAAAAGUCAUAGGAAUGUCAGUGUACUAUCCUCAAGUGAGAAAAGCAUUAGAUAGCAUUCUCAGACAUUUGGACAAAGAAGUUGGGAGACCAAUGUGUAUGACCAGCGUGCAGAUGUCCAAUAAGGAGCCUGAAGAUAUGAUUACAGGGGAAAGAAAACCCAAAAUUGAUUUGUUUAGGACUUGUGUUGCUGCUAUUCCAAGGCUGAUUCCUGAUGGUAUGAGCAGAACUGACCUCAUUGAAUUGUUAGCAAGGCUCACAAUUCAUAUGGAUGAAGAACUACGUGCUCUGGCUUUCAAUACCCUGCAGGCACUAAUGCUUGAUUUUCCAGAUUGGCGGGAGGAUGUUCUUUCAGGAUUUGUUUAUUUUAUUGUUCGUGAAGUGACUGAUGUCCAUCCCACGCUUCUUGAUAAUGCUGUAAAGAUGUUGGUACAAUUAAUAAAUCAGUGGAAACAGGCAACCCAAAUGCACAACAAAAACCAGGACUCCCAGCAUGGUGUGGCUAAUGGAGCUUCUCAUCCCCCUCCUCUGGAAAGGAGCCCGUAUUCCAACGUAUUCCAUGUGGUCGAAGGGUUUGCACUUGUCAUUCUCUGUAGCAGUCGACCUGCGACUAGGAGAUUAGCUGUCAGUGUCCUUAGAGAAAUACGGGCUUUGUUUGCACUUUUGGAAAUACCUAAGGGUGAUGAUGAAUUAGCCAUAGAUGUGAUGGACAGGCUGAGCCCAUCCAUUCUUGAGAGCUUCAUACAUCUCACUGGAGCUGAUCAGACUACUUUGCUGUAUUGCCCUAGCUCGAUAGAUUUACAGACAUUAGCAGAAUGGAACUCUUCUCCUAUCAGCCACCAGUUUGAUGUGAUCAGCCCAUCACACAUAUGGGUAUUUGCACAUGUGACCCAAGGCCAAGACCCAUGGAUUAUAAGUCUCUCCAGUUUUUUAAAGCAAGAAAACCUUCCCAAACACUGCUGUACAGCUGUGAGCUAUGCUUGGAUGUUUGCAUACACAAGACUUCAGUUAUUGUCCCCACAGGUUGAUAUAAACAGCCCCAUCAAUGCUAAGAAAGUGAACACUACCACAAGCAGUGACUCCUACGUCGGCCUGUGGAGAAACUAUCUGCUCCUUUGCUGCAGUGCGGCGACAUCCACGACCUCUUCAACAUCUGCAGGUUCUGUGAGGUGUUCUCCUCCCGAGACGCUGGCGUCUACCCCUGAUAGUGGCUAUAGCAUUGAUUCCAAAAUUAUCGGCAUCCCAUCCCCUUCAUCCUUGUUUAAGCACAUAGUUCCAAUGAUGCGCUCUGAGAGCAUAGAGAUCACAGAAUCCCUUGUUCUAGGUCUUGGCAGGACCAACCCAGGAGCUUUUAGGGAACUAAUAGAGGAAUUGCAUCCCAUAAUUAAAGAAGCACUCGAAAGAAGGCCAGAGAAUAUGAAGCGUCGCAGGCGUCGAGAUAUUUUGCGAGUACAACUGGUACGAAUAUUUGAACUGCUGGCAGAUGCGGGUGUCAUUAGUCACAGUGCAAGUGGUGGCCUUGAUAAUGAAACACAUUUCCUCAACAACACUUUAUUGGAAUAUGUAGAUUUAACUCGACAACUCCUGGAAGCAGAAAAUGAGAAAGACUCUGACACACUGAAGGAUAUACGAUGCCAUUUUAGUGCCUUAGUGGCGAAUAUCAUUCAGAAUGUUCCAGUGCACCAGAGAAGAAGCAUCUUCCCUCAACAGAGCCUUCGUCACAGUCUGUUUAUGCUGUUCAGUCACUGGGCAGGCCCUUUCAGCAUCAUGUUUACACCCUUGGACAGAUACAGUGACAGAAAUAUGCAAAUUAACAGACAUCAGUACUGUGCCCUAAAGGCUAUGUCUGCUGUACUAUGUUGUGGCCCUGUUGCAGAUAAUGUAGGACUUUCAUCAGAUGGCUAUUUGUACAAAUGGUUGGAUAACAUUUUGGACUCUCUGGACAAAAAGGUUCAUCAGUUGGGCUGUGAAGCAGUUACAUUACUGCUGGAGCUGAACCCGGAUCAGAGCAACCUGAUGUACUGGGCUGUGGACCGAUGUUACACUGGUUCCAAGAGAGUGGCAGCUGGCUGCUUUAAAGCCAUAGCUAAUGUAUUCCAGAACAGGGAUUAUCAGUGUGAUACCGUGAUGCUCCUGAAUCUGAUCCUGUUUAAAGCAGCUGAUUCUUCUCGAAGCAUCUAUGAGGUUGCUAUGCAACUUUUACAGAUCCUGGAACCGAAGAUGUUUCGCUAUGCUCACAAAUUGGAAGUUCAGAGAACAGAUGGAGUACUUAGCCAGCUGUCUCCUCUGCCGCACCUGUAUUCUGUUUCGUAUUAUCAGUUAUCCGAGGAGUUAGCAAGGGCUUAUCCUGAGCUAACUCUCGCCAUGUUCUCAGAGAUAAGCCAGAGAAUUCAGACGGCUCACCCUGCCGGGAGGCAAGUAAUGCUACACUACCUGUUACCGUGGAUGAACAACAUCGAGUUGGUAGAUUUAAAACCUUUGCCCACAGCGAGGCGACACAAUGAAGAGGAAGACGACUCCUUAAAAGACCGAGAACUUAUGGUGACUAGCAGGCGCUGGUUGCGAGGAGAAGGCUGGGGGUCCCCACAAGCCACUGCGAUGGUUUUGAACAACCUAAUGUACAUGACAGCAAAGUAUGGUGAUGAGCUGGCCUGGUCGGAGGUGGAGAACGUGUGGACCACACUUGCAGAUGGCUGGCCAAAAAACCUGAAAAUAAUUUUGCACUUUCUGAUCAGCAUUUGCGGAGUGAAUAGUGAACCAAGCCUCUUGCCUUACGUGAAGAAAGUUAUUGUCUAUUUAGGUAGAGACAAAACGAUGCAGUUGCUGGAGGAGCUGGUGCGGGAACUGCAGCUGACCGACCCCGUCAGCUCGGGGGUCACUCACAUGGAUAACCCCCCGUAUUACCGCAUCACUUCCAGCUGCAAAAUCCCUUCUGUCACCUCAGGAACUACUUCCAGUAGCAAUACAAUGGUAGCUCCCAUAGACAGCAAUCCCGAUAAUAAGCCCAUAAAAGAGAAUAUUGAAGAGAGCUAUGUGCACCUAGACAUCUACAGUGGACUAAACAGUCACUUAAAUCGUCAACAUCACAGACUAGAAUCUCGAUACAGUAGCAGCUCUGGAGGAUCUUAUGAAGAAGAAAAAAGUGAUUCAAUGCCACUUUAUUCUAAUUGGCGACUGAAAGUGAUGGAGCAUAAUCAAGGAGAGCCACUACCCUUCCCACCAGCUGGAGGCUGCUGGUCACCACUGGUGGAUUACUUGCCUGAAACGUCAUCACCUGGAUUACCUCUUCACAGGUGUAACAUAGCUGUGAUCCUUUUGACGGAUCUGAUCAUUGACCACAGUGUGAAGGUGGAAUGGGGAAGCUACCUCCAUCUUCUUCUUCAUGCAAUUUUUAUAGGGUCUGACCACUGCCACCCCGAGGUGUACGAGCACUGUAAGCGCCUGCUCCUGCACCUGCUAAUAGUCACGGGACCCAGCAGUAACAUCCGCGCUGUUGCCUCUGUCCUGCUCAGGAACAGGGAGUUUAACGAGCCCAGGGCGCUCACGGUCAAACAGACCGCGCACUUAGAUUACACUUGCACAGCGGGCGUUAGUGAUUUUAUACCUGAUUACCAGCCCUCCCCUAUGACUGACUCAGGGCUUAGCUCAAGUUCUACCUCUUCUAGUAUCAGCUUAGGAAAUAACAGCGCUGCCAUUUCCCAUCUACACACCACUCUCCUCAAUGAGGUCGACAUCUCCGUAGAGCAGGAUGGAAAAGUCAAAACCCUCAUGGAAUUCAUUACCUCAAGAAAAAGAGGGCCCCUUUGGAACCAUGAGGAUGUUUCUGCCAAGAAUCCUAACAUCAAGAGUGCUGAGCAGUUAACUACAUUUUUGAAACAUGUGGUUUCUGUUUUUAAGCAGUCAAGCUCAGAAGGGAUGCAUUUGGAACAUCAUCUUAGUGAAGUUGCUCUACAAACAGCACUUUCUUGUUCUUCUCGACACUAUGCUGGGAGAUCCUUCCAGAUUUUCAGGGCCCUAAAGCAGCCUCUUUCUGCAACUACACUUUCUGAUGUUCUCUCCAGACUUGUAGAAACUGUAGGGGAUCCGGGAGAAGAUGCACAGGGGUUUGUGAUUGAACUCCUGCUCACAUUGGAGUCUGCGAUUGACACUUUGGCCGAAACCAUGAAGCAUUACGAUCUUCUUUCUGCCCUUUCUCAAACCUCAUACCAUGAUCCUCUAAUGGGAAACAAGUAUGCAGCUAACAGGAAAAGCACUGGACAACUCAAUCUAAGCACAAGUCCCAUUAACAGCAGCAGUUAUUUGGGAUAUAACAGUAAUGCAAGAAGUAACUCUUUGAGAUUAAGUUUAAUUGGUGACCGAAGAGGUGACCGGCGGAGGAGUAACACACUGGACAUAAUGGAUGGACGGAUAAACCAUAGCAAUAGUUUAGCAAGGACUAGAAGCCUUUCCUCCCUGCGAGAGAAAGGCAUGUAUGACGUGCAGUCCCCUACUGAGCCUGCCAACUUGAUGGCCACCAUUUUUUGGAUAGCAGCAUCGCUAUUAGAAUCGGAUUACGAAUAUGAAUACCUCCUGGCUCUCAGGCUUCUCAACAAACUGCUUAUCCAUUUGCCUUUGGAUAAAUCAGAGAGUCGAGAGAAGAUUGAAAAUGUACAAAGCAAAUUGAAAUGGAGUAACUUCCCAGGCCUUCAGCAGCUCUUCCUUAAGGGUUUUACCUCAGUAUCUACACAAGAGAUGACCGUGCACCUCCUCAGUAAACUCAUCGCCGUCUCCAAGCACACGUUGGUGGAUCCUUCCCAGUUGUCAGGCUUUCCUCUUAACAUCCUUUGCUUAUUGCCUCACUUAAUCCAGCAUUUUGACAGCCCAACUCAGUUUUGCAAAGAAACAGCUAGUCGAAUAGCAAAGGUGUGUGCAGAAGAGAAAUGCCCAGCGCUGGUCAAUCUGGCUCACAUGAUGAGUUUGUAUAGUACACACACAUAUUCCAGAGACUGUUCUAACUGGAUCAACGUAGUAUGUAGAUAUCUGCAUGAUUCCUUCUCAGAUACUACAUUUAAUCUUGUGACUUAUCUUGCAGAGCUGUUAGAGAAAGGAUUGUCCAGCAUGCAGCAGUCAUUACUACAGAUCAUCUAUAGUCUUUUGAGCCAUAUUGACCUCUCUGCUGCCCCGGUCAAGCAGUUUAAUCUGGAGAUCAUAAAGAUUAUUGGUAAAUAUGUACAGAGUCCUUACUGGAAGGAAGCCCUUAACAUAUUAAAACUGGUGGUCUCUCGCUCUGCAAGUCUCGUUGUGCCCAACGAUAUCCCCAAGACCUAUGGAGGAGAUCUAGGUUCUCCUGAAAUAUCCUUCACCAAGAUUUUUAAUAACGUCUCCAAGGAGUUGCCUGGGAAGACCUUAGAUUUUCAUUUUGAUAUAUCUGAGACACCAAUCAUUGGAAAUAAGUAUGGCGAUCAGCAUAGUGCAGCUGGAAGAAAUGGGAAACCCAAAGUUAUUGCAGUUACUAGGAGUACUUCUUCUACUUCUUCUGGUUCUAAUUCUAAUGCCUUGGUUCCUGUUAGCUGGAAAAGGCCACAGUUAUCACAGCGAAGAACAAGAGAAAAGCUAAUGAAUGUGCUUUCUCUCUGUGGUCCAGAAUCUGGCCUUCCAAAGAAUCCAUCCGUUGUAUUUUCUUCUAACGAGGAUUUGGAAGUUGGUGACCAACAGACCAGCCUAAUUUCUGCAACAGAAGACAUGAUUCAAGAGGAAGAAGUGGCCGUGGAAGACAAUAGCAGUGAACAACAAUUUGGCGUCUUUAAGGAUUUUGACUUUUUAGAUGUUGAAUUGGAAGAUGCAGAGGAACUGCAGGGUGAAAGUAUGGACAAUUUCAACUGGGGAGUCCGCAGGCGCUCACUGGACAGUAUUGACAAAGGGGACACUCCCUCCCUCCAAGAGUACCAGUGCUCCAGCAGCACCCCCAGCCUGAACCUGACCAACCAGGAAGACACGGACGAGUCCUCGGAAGAGGAAGCAGCUCUCACAGCAAGCCAGAUACUGUCCCGCACGCAGAUGUUAAACAGUGAUUCUACUGCAGACGAAACACUGCCAGACCAUCCCGACCUACUUGUUCAGUCUCAAGAUUCCACUGGCAGCGUCUCAACAGAAGAAGUGCUUCAAAUCAGAGAUGAGACCCCAAGUUUGGAGGCUUCUCUAGAUAAUGCUAACAGCCAGCUGCCUGAGGAUACAGGUUCAGUGUUAAAGGAGGAACAAGUUCUGACAAGCUUUGAAGAUGAAGGGUCAUAUAUAAUUCAAGAACAGCAGGAUUCUCUCGUGUGUCGAGGGAUUCUCAACUUGGAAGACACAGACAUGCCAGAGCCCCUGGCUCCUGAGAGCUACCCUGAGUCCAUCUGUGAAGAAGAUGUCACCUUGGCUUUGAAAGAACUAGACGAAAGAUGUGAAGAAGAAGAAGCAGAUUUCUCUGGACUGUCUAGUCAAGAUGAAAAAGAGCAAGAUGGCUUUCCAGAAGUCCAGACCUCCCCUCUGCCAUCACCAUUUCUUUCUGCCAUAAUAGCUGCCUUUCAGCCGGUUGCAUAUGACGACGACGAAGAAGCCUGGCACCGCCACGUCAGCCAGAUGCUGUCUGACACCGACGGGUCCUGUGCAGUGUUUACUUUUCACGUGUUUUCCAGGCUGUUUCAGACAAUUCAGAGAAAGUUUGGAGACAUAACUAAUGAGGCAGUCAGCUUUCUUGGUGAGAGUCUGCAACGCAUUGGUACCAAAUUUAAAAGUUCACUGGAAGUGAUGAUGAUGUGUUCAGAAUGCCCAACCGUCUUUGUGGAUGCUGAAACACUGACGUCAUGCGGUUUGCUGCAAACACUCAAGUUCAGUGUUUUGGAGUUGCAAGAGCAUCUGGAUACCUAUAAUGCCAAAAGAGAAGCAGCUGAGCAGUGGUUAGACAACUGUAAGAGGACAUUUGGUGCCAAAGAAGACGUGUAUAGGAUAAACACAGAUGCACAGCAAAUGGAAAUUCUAGCAGGCCUGGAGCUCUGUCGAAGGCUGUACAAACUACAUUUUCAGUUGCUACUUCUGUUCCAAGCCUACUGUAAAUUGAUCAACCAAGUAAACACAAUAAAAAAUGAAGCAGAGGUCAUCAACAUGUCCGAGGAACUUGCCCAACUGGAAAAUAUCCUCAAAGAAGCAGAGUCUGCUUCAGAAAAUGAAGAAAUUGACAUUUCCAAAGCUGCACAAACUACCAUAGAAACUGCCAUUCAUUCUUUAAUUGAAACUCUGAGAAAUAAGGAGUUUAUUUCAGCUGUGGCACAAGUCAAAGCCUUCAGAUCUCUCUGGCCGAACGAUAUCUUUGGCAGUUGUGAGGAUGACCCUGUGCAGACGCUGUUGCACAUCUACUUCCAUCACCAGACGCUGGGCCAGACGGGGAGCUUCGCGGUCAUAGGCUCUGACCUGGACAUGUCAGAGGCCAACCACAAACUGAUGGAGCUCAAUCUAGAAAUAAGGGAGUCCCUACGCAUGGUGCAAUCAUACCAGCUCUUAGCACAGGCCAACCCAGUCGGAACUUUGGUGAGCACCGGAUUCUGAGAAGCUUCCAGGCGUUUAGGGAAGACACUAAACUGAAGAUGAUGCAGAAUAUUCAUGAGCACCUUUUACGAACCCUCGCAGUUCACAGACAACCCUUCCUGGCGGCAUCCACGACCACGGCGUAGCUGAUGUCAAACCGGUAUCAGAGUCAAAGAUCUAAGAAAGAAAAAAAAAAAAAAAGAAAUCUAAUGGCUGCCAAUACCUCCUACAAUAACCGUAUGAAGAAGGAGUUUUUAAUUACUUAACCUAGGUGAAAAGAAAAGGGCUAAGAGUGAUGCAUACAAAUACAUGACUUUCUGGAGAAAGAAGAGAAUUCUAGGACUGUUUGCAAUAAUGGCCUCUAAUACUGAGACGUUGGAAAGCAGGUGACGUGAGGCUAAAACCCAGGCUCGUUCAUUUUAGCUGAAAACCUGCAGGGCUGUGUGGAUGCUCCACCGUCGAUGCUUCAUUAUCUACGUGAAGAACCUUUAGUCGGAUAGACAGACACGGGGAGACUUCUUUGCAAAAACCAUUGACUUUUUUUCAACACGUGGGAUGAGGGUGUGGGUGUUUUGUUUUUUAGUCUGUACAAGGGAUUGUGUGUGCGUGAGCUGGGAUGUGUGAAUAUGUGACAGUCCUAUUUUCAAGGUAUGGAUGUUUGGUGAUAACGUGUCAGCAUGCCUAAAAGAGCACUGCAAGAUUAUUUUUGAAGAAAUUUUAUUUUAUUAGAUCUAACUCUUCAUAGUGUGUAAAUGUUAGAACAUUUUAAUAAUAUUUUAAAACUGGGCUUUCCCGGUAUUUCGAAAAGAAAUAAUAUAUCUGUUAAUGUUAUUGGAAUGCUGCUCAGCUCUCUGACCAGUGCUUACAUUACGAUUGUUGAUAACUAACCAAAGUAGAUGCCUGCAGAGACUUUAAAAUGUACAAUAAAGAUGUAUGCUGCCCGUCAGCUAUUCUCAUUAGGAAAGUUAACUUAUUUUACUCCAUAAUUAUUAUAGAAACUGUAUAGAUUAAAACCAGUAUUGUACGUUUGUGCAAUGCACUGUUAUACAAGAAUAGGUGUACAAAGCUAAAGAAAAGAGCGUGGUCACUGAUGGUAGAAUAUAAGACUUGCGGGCUCUGAAGUCUGCAGAAUUCAAGAAGAGAGAUGCAAACCCAGUUUUAUAUGUUCAUUCAGGACUCCCGUGUCUCACCCAAAAGGAACCUGGGGCUAUGGGGGAAAAUGAAAGGAAGCCUGAAGACUGACUACCAAAACAUGCAAUAUACUUACUCACUGUCUAAGUCUGUAGCAUAACACGAACUGGAUUCUCUGUCCUUUUUUAAAUAGCAUUUUGUAAAAGAAAUGAAUGUAGUCCCACAACUCCUCUGAUUUGAAAGGAACACCUUGUAUUUUUUAUAGGCAUCUCUUAUCCACUGUGACUUUCUUUUAAACUGGGCUCUGUGACCGCAGAGUUUAGAAUGUAGAAAUGAAAUGCUUAGCUUUGCCUUUUCUUGGGGGUGUGGACCCUGCCAGAAAUGUAAUUAUGCUCAAGUGCAUUAAUUGAAGGCACUGUGCACGCCGUUGGACUGCUGACUAUAGUUAUGUUACCUGUAAAACUCCAUAACUGGUCACGGCACAUUCGUAAUCACUGUAUUUUUUGACCCUGAUAAAAAAGAAAAAAAAAAAACAAUUAUUUUGAUGGUGUUCUGGUACUGUAAAUGGUGUCCUUUAAAUUAUUUAAUAACUUUUGGGUGUGGGGCAGGAAGAGAGGGAUGGUGUCCAGAGACCCCCCCCCCCCACACUUUACAUCCUAUCUUACCAUCCCCUAUCUUACCGUCACCCUCUUAUAUCCUUUUUGUUAAAAUAAAAAGCAUUGUAGCUGUU